AUGGAUAGUUCAGGAGCAGAAGCUCAAAAGAGCAUCAUCCUCGACCUACCAGCAUCUUUCGAGGUCAAAGUGGAAGAUGUCAUUUCUUUCAGCUUCGAGGACGAGGAGCUUGAGAAAACCGCCGCAGCCCACACUGGUGCAGGGAUCCUCCUCGUGGCCAAAAUAUGUGACGCCCUGCUGAGUUGGGGCGGCUGCAGUGACGGAGACGUCCGUAACGUCACAGACCUCACCGCAAGGAACUUGAUCACUUGCGAAUCAGCACACGUCGAAAUCGAGGACGAGAUGAACAUCGACGAGCACAGCAACAGCAGGGGCAAGGGGAUGGGGGUUCCAGCAAAGACGGUCGAGUCCAUGCUCAAAGGACUCCUUGAUCCUAACGUCCCGCGGUCAAAACACCUGCACAUCAACUCCAAUGAACCCGUCUUGCUUGUCAAUUUCGAGCAACUUCUCCACCCGGAGAACAGGGAUUGGGUCAACGAUGUGAUUGACACAACGGUCCUGCAGCUUCAACAGCAGUGGAACAUCUGGCCCGUUCGUGUAUAUGCCCAUGCCAACCCGCUCACGCCACGAAAAAUAGCUGGGGGUGGCGGGGCUACUCGCCGUGGCGAUACCCUUGGAGAUGCAUUUUCCAUAACAUUGCUGAAUGUGGUAAAUACAGACAUUGGUGGCCCGAGUAUGCCCCAGCUACUCGACGCGCCAUGUGAUGCUGCUGAGUGGAACGGGUAUGUGAGGAGGGAGGUAUGGAGGGGACGAGAAGUCGUGGUUCGUGAGGAGGGCGAGGGAAAUUGGGGUCAGCAGGAAGUUGCUGCUGUGGAUGCCGAUAAUGCGUCCGAACGAUCUUUUAGGAGUGAGAAUGAUGACGACGAUGACAAGUCUGUGGGCUCAGACGCCCUCAACUUGGUGAAUUCGAAGAGCCCAAGGCAGCCUGAUUCGCCAGAACAGGAGGAUGGAACAGCCGCUCAGCACGCGGAAGUAACUCCGAAGACAGGUGCUCGUGAAGAUACUCCUCUCUUAACCCACCUCGAGGAGGAUCAAGUCCGGGGCGAUAUGGAUGACGGCAAUGAUAAUGAUCAGGAUGUGGCUCAAGCGACGACCCAGAAGCCGCCACUGCCACAGGAGUUCGAAGUGCCCGAGAGACACAUAAAACAUCCGACAUGGGAACGCCACGAUGACGGCACGUCUCUAAUCGACCUCAUCAGAUCCCAGGUGUCCAUGAUCGUGCCAUUCGGGACGGAAGAUGCAGGACAUGGUGUCGGCGACAUCGAGACUGAUGUGGCCAAAUCGAGGUCAGAGAAGGCCGAGUCAUCGUCCCCCAGCGACGAGGAGUUUAUCGUCGUUUGA